UUUGGAGGUCAGAUCACGGAUCAGGUUGCAGAAGAAAUGAUGACUCUUGCGUAUGACAAUGGAAUUAAUUUGUUCGACACAGCUGAAGUGUACGGCGGAGGAAAGGCUGAAGUGAUUCUGGGAAGAAUGAUCAAGAAGAAAGGAUGGAGGAGAUCCAGUUUGGUCAUCACCACCAAAAUCUUCUGGGGGGGAAAAGCAGAAACCGAGAGGGGAUUGUCUAGAAAACACAUCAUUGAAGGUUUGAGAGAUUCCCUCGACAGACUUCAGCUGCAGUAUGUGGACGUGGUUUUUGCAAACCGUCCUGAUCCAAACACGCCGAUAGAAGAGACGGUGAGAGCGAUGACCCAUGUGAUCAACCAGGGAAUGGCCAUGUACUGGGGCACAUCUCGAUGGACGUCAGUAGAAAUUAUGGAGGCUUACUCUGUGGCACGGCAGUUCAACCAGAUCCCGCCAGUCUGUGAGCAAGCGGAGUACCACAUGUUUCAGAGGGAAAAGGUGGAGGUGCAACUCCCUGAACUCUUUCAUAAAAUAGGUAUUGGAGCAAUGACGUGGUCUCCACUGGCGUGUGGGAUCAUCACAGGAAAAUACAACGAUGGAAUACCCCCUCAAACACGGGCGUCACUGAAGGGAUAUGAAUGGAUCAGAGAUAAGAUCCUGAGUGAGGAGGGCCACCGCCAGCAGCUGAAGCUCAAAGACUUGGAGGCGGUUGCUGAGCGACUAGGAUGCACCCUGCCUCAACUGGCCAUAGCCUGGUGCCUGAGGAAUGAGGGGGUGAACUCUGUUCUCCUGGGAGCCUCCAGACCCGAACAGCUGCUGGAGAACAUCGGAGCGAUACAGGUCCUUCCAAAGCUCUCCAUGUCUGUCAUAGCAGAGAUGGACAGCAUCCUGAGAAACAAGCCCAGCAGUAAGAAGCAGAUGUGAGGAGGCACUCGGCCACAGGAAGACACCAGCUACGUAAGCAGAGGACCUGAUGGAGCGCGGACCCCACCACUCCCCCCACCGUGGAGAAUGCAUGCAGCGCCACCCAGGGAUCAACAUCAGCAUCACACACCACAGAAGGGAUGAAAGCUUCGUUUUUGGACUGAUAGAAAGAAGCACAAACACAAUUCAAGCACAAUCUUGCUGCAUU